AUUCGUGCUCCUCCCUGAUCCACUAGAGGUAUGAUGAUGAUGAUAUAGCCCUACUUUGGUACACGGCAUACACGCGUCUCUACGCCCUCCUCCCCUACGCCCUCCUCCUCCUCCUCCUCCUUCUCCCAUAUACGCGCAUGGUGAGCGAGCGAGCGCGACCGGAUCGCCGAGCGUAGCGGUAGCAGCAGUAGAGGAAGAGACGGGACGAGGUCAGAAACCCAAACGUCGGCGAGGCAGUUCGUCGAUUAAGCUGCUCCUGAAACCGCAGCCAUCAAUAGUUCUGGAGAUCCUGAUCUCAGGGACGGCCCUGGCAUCGACUGCAGGUCCCUCCUACAUUUCCGGACGAACACCUGAUCGAUCGAGUAUUAUUGUGAGUUCCUGCAUACCACAAUCAUAUACUAUAAUUCCAGGACCGCACGGCAUAGCACCCGUUCAAUUGCCUUUCAUUGUUAGUAGGGGACUCGCUGGACAUAUUCCUCCGGCAUCCCUCCUUCGACUGCGAUAUUCCUACGCCCCGCCGGCUCCAUCGCAUGUGGCCUCCAUCGCGCCUCCUAGAUCCAUCCCUGAGCCGCGGCUCCCGGCAGUGACACUUGCCCUUUAGUAGCAGCAAUGCAGAGACCACCUUUGUCGCCGCUUUCGAUGAGCAGCAACGACUCGUCCUUUGUGGGACAGUACGGCAGCAUCGGCGGCACCGCCAUGGGCACUCCCAACGACGUGCCCUACGGCUCGGGGGGCCCCUAUGGCGCCGUCGAACACAUCCAGUCGUCGCCCCAUUCGUCGCAACACCAAAGCAGCUCCACGGACAUGUCGAGACCGUCGGCGAGUGGAUCGAGCGUCCGACCGCCCUCAUCCGCCAGCUCCAUCGGUCUGUCCAGCCAUGGCCGCAUGGGCCUUCCACGACCCCCGAAUCGAGAGAGCACUCGAAGUCAGAUUGCGCCUCAGAGUGAGGAUGCGCUGUCGCGGCAUUAUGGAGCACUCAAGGCAUACUUGAUGGAGAGUGUGCAGGACGAAAAGGGCAUUAUCACCCCGAAAAGAGCGCGGGACAAGCUAUUGCGACUGAGCGUUACACAGUUCAUGGAGCUCAGCACUGAUGUGUACGACGAGCUGAUCCGGCGCGAAGACGAGAGGACACAGCGAGUGGAUAAUGUCCCGCGGUUCCUGUUGCCGAAGCAGAAUUUCCAUCCCAAGCGAAACCAGGCGCGGCAGAAGCUGAGUACACUGCCCACCGACCGCUUCCGGCAAUUGGCAACGGACGUGUUCUACGAGUUGGAACGGCGGAUACCACGCUUUGCAGGCUCACGACCCGUCAGUGGCGCGAGCAACGUGAGCACUCGGAGUCGCGCGCCGACAGUGUCUGGUAUGCGCAUCAAUGCGCCUGGCUAUGGCGGACCUCCCCCUCCGGGCAUGAUGGGGAGAGGCGGACCCCCUACUCCCCGGCUGCCCCCCAACGGCGCCCCUUAUGGCCCCAAUGGCGACAUGUCUCCCGCUCCCCGGCGACCGAGCGAAGCUGCAUCUCUGGGACGACCGUUACCGAAGCAAUUCGCGAGCAACACCAUUGUGCCGAACAAAAGCACCAUGGUGGAAGACGAUGACAUGGAAGACGACGAGGAUGCUUUCGGUCUCGACCAUGUGUCUCGCGGCAUGAGCGAUGGCUCGGGCCAUGCGACCAGUGCGGAAGACAGAGAACGUAUCAAGGCUCAAGCAGAGGAGAUUGCGGAGCUAAAAGAGAAGUUGGAAGCGCUGGAAAGCAAUUUGAGUGCCAAAGAGGAGGAGCUCUCCAAGACUGCCGGGUGGGAGACGGAGCGAAGUGAAUGGGCUGCUACGCGAGAGCAGCUCGAACAGAAGCAUCUCGAGGCGCAGACGUUGCAUAAUGCACUCGAACAAGAACUUUCCGAACUGAAAUCGAAAUCGAGAGACCACGACGAGCUGAAGGACCAGCACGACCGGCAUAUGCAAGACUUUCAAGAGCAGCUCGAUGAUCUGCAGGAACAGCUUGCCACGAAACAUGAAGAGAAUGGGAAGCUUCAGCUACAACUACAAGAGAGUGCUCAGGACACAGCAGCGCUACAAGAGUUACACGUUGAGCUCGAUGCGCUACGGCAGCAGGUGGAAAGCAGCAAGACCCCAGUUCCCUCGGCCGAUCACGAGCGGCAGCUGAGCGACAUGCAAGAAGAACUGCGAACACAGCAAAAGCUCAACCAGGAGGUUCAGGAACAGGCGAUGGUAUAUCUACGAGAGAUGCGGGAGCUCAGCAGGCAAAACGACGAAGCUAUUGAGCGGGAAGAGAAGAUGGCCGCACAAAUCACGCAGCUCCAGAAAGACAACGAGAGCUGGCGACAACGUUACGCCAAGGUGAAGGCACAGAACAAGCAUCUUCGUGCUUCCACCAUGGGCUUGGGGCUCCAUGCGGGACUCGAUACGGGCAGUCUGGUGCGACAGGAGGGCUUGAUCUCCCAAGGAGGACUGGUACGGGACACGGAUGUCGCCCGCUUCCAGCUUGCUGUGGACGAGUUGGUCAAGGUCGCGCGUCAAAACAGUACCGAUGACAUGAUUGAGAGCGUCAAAGCCGUGGCUGUUAGUGUGCAGUCGAUCAUGUCGGCGGUUCGUGAUGAAGGCUACCCAUCCCCUGCCCCUUCACCGCACUCUCCCGGAUCCACACCACAGACACCCAGUGUCGGCAGACUGAAGGCCAGAGUCACUGGCACUGCCAACAGCCUCAUCACUGCCACGAAGCAGCAUGCUGCCUCGCACGGCUUGUCGCCUGUUGCGCUUCUGGAUGCCGCAGCCAGCAAUCUCACCGCGGCAGUGGUGGAGCUCAUCAAAUCAGUUCGUAUCCGGCCAUCAUCAAAGGACGAGCUCCAGGACCUCGAAGCAGUCAACGAGCUGGGAUCAUUCUAUGACGAUGGCCAAUCACCCAUUGACGGGGCCUCGCUCACGAUUCCCGUUCCCCAAUUCGGUCCUCGCGAAGACUCGGCACCACCACCACCUGCGCCACCAAUGACUACUGGUGACAGUCCCCCUGGCAGUACCAAAAAGCCCAGUGCGGGCUGGUUUGGCUGGGCGGGCAAAUGGGGUGAUGGCAGCACGGAAGACCAUCCCCAAGUCGACAGUAAGACUUCUUCCGCCAACGGCGCACCGCAUCCGGCCACGAUGAAUGGUGGGCAUGCGCAAAAGGCAUCUAUUGCCAGUAGUUCUAGUGACUAUGAUCCAUACCGAUAGUCUCGGUACCCGAGUCGCUGUGGCAAUUCGACUGCAAGACGAAAAGAGAGAGAUAAGGCUGGAUGAGAAUGAUGUGCAUGUUCUUGAAGCGUAAUGUGUGACAUCGCCUUGCAUGGGUGCAAUGUGUUUUUAAUGUCUGUUAUUGGCGUUAUUGAAUGGGCGCCAGUGGGACUGGGAAAGAGAAUGGGCAUAUUGGGACUUGUCCAAGCUCACAGGCUGGCAAGAAAGGGGGGGGGGGGAUCAAUCACAUAACGCGACGACGGCAAAACUCUUUUUGUAAUGCUUUGGCGGAGAGGGGAGGAAUCUUUUUGGUAAUGAUUACCCACCUACCACAGACGAAAAAAGGGACCACAAGUUUUUGAGACAGUGUGCUGCUACUCACGAGUAGGCCAGGGGUCUCCUUUUUUUUUAUUUUUCUGGGGAAAUGCAAGUCUAUGGCUUCGUUGAUGGGUGGUAGGGUGGUAGGAUCUACCUGCCUCUACCCUCUCUUCCCCCUUUGUUUCUUGUUUUUGUUUGUCUUUGGAUACAGACCACUCGGCACUGGGAUUCAGAAGACCACCAGCGCAGCAGGGGAGAAUGGCAGAUGAAUAUUUGAAAUGUG